AUGAACCCAUCCAUUGCAUCCUGCUUUGCCUUUGUCAAGGAAGCUCGACACAGAACGUUGACUCGUGAGGAACGCCUGGACAUCCUCCGUCUGCACGCAUAUUUUCGAAGUCAAGGCACCAAGGCUGCUGCUGCGAAGGUGGCAGAGUUGCUUGGCCGUGGGCUUGGGGUUGUCAAAGAGGUUUGGCGUGAGUACCUCCAAUCGCGCUCUGUAACUGUUGCUGUGCCCCCAUCGAACACCACGACGCACAGCACGACUGUCCCCAGAACAAAGCAAGUUGUUAGCAUGGUUCAAGCAUUCGUUCGUGGCCGACGCGCAACAAGGACCCGUACAACUGCUGUGGACAUCGUCAUCUUCCUGCGUGAGAUAUGUGUGUUGGACUUCGACUUGGAGGACAAGAAGGUGUACAGCCUCCACCUCCGAUCGGUUCAACGCUUUCUCAAGUAUCAAGGGUACGAGCGUGGCAACAAGAAAGGCUUAUCCUCGUACCAUCUGUCCAAGAAGAACACCGUUACUCGCGACUUGUACGUUCAGCGGAUGCAUCCUCAUGUUGGUUCUGCAUCCCGCCCAGCCAUUGUGUACACCGCUGAGUCUUUCGUCCAUCACCACUACAAGUGCCACAACCAAAGCUUGUAUGACCCGUCGGACGUGUUGGACGUCGCACCGAAAGAAAAGCACAAAGGGCGCCGGUACUGCUUUAUUGCCGCCAUCCUGGACUCGCCAACGAUGGACAGCCGUGUCAUGGCUCUGGAUAUUUUCACUGGGGGGACCACCUUGGCUAAAGAACCAAAGGACUAUCACGGCAUGUUCGACCAUGCAUACUAUGUUUGCUGGUUCCAACGGCUUCUGGACGAGUUGGAGGAGAUCCGUGUGUCCAACGCUCUCAUAGUAAUGGACAAUGCCAAGGACCACAAGGGGCGUCCUAGCAAUACACCACAGAGCCGACAUCGCAAGGAGGUGUUGAUCGCGGCAUGCACGAUGUACGGCAUCCCAGUGACUGGGACAGAGUUCAAGAGUCUCUUGUGGGAGAAGUUAGCCGCGUACAUUGAGACCAACGUUCUGCCCGUUGUCAUGACAAUGGCGUCGGAGCGAGGCCACACCGUUGUGUAUACCCCCCCUCACCACUCCGACCUGCAACCGAUUGAAAUGAUUUGGGCACUCGUGAAGGGUGACGUUGGUCGACAAUACACCGACAUGACGAAGUUCCCCGAGGUGAAAACUCGAUUAGUUGCUGCGUUUGCAAAGUUGACGCCUCAUGCUAUCCAGGGUUGUGUGAAAGUCGCAGAAGGUUCACUGCAUAUGCUUCACGAGCAUUUACAACAAAUUGAUCGGCUGGAGUCCGACGAGGAGUCCUCGGCGGGGAGCGAAAGCGACGAUGGUGGCAGUGAUAGUGAUUAG